AUGAAUUUCGGAAAUUUAACUCAAGAAAAAUUGGAAAAAGAAAAAACGGAAGUAAUCAAUUUUGAUGUUGGUGGAACUAUGUACAAAACCAAACGAUCAACUCUUAUUAACUAUCCCACUACGUUACUUGGACAAAUGGUCUUAGACGAUCGCGACGAAUACUUUCUCGAUCGUAAUGGAAGAGCAUUUCAUUAUAUUAUGGAAUUCUAUCGUACUGGUAAACCUUUAUGGCCAGACAAAUCUGAUGGUUUGACUUGUGAAGAAGUUGAAAGAGAAUUCGAAUAUUUUCGAAUUCCCUUAGAAAAAGAACACGCUGACACACUAGCAUUUAAAGCAGCGGCUAAUACUUUUGAUCAAAUUGUUUCCGCAUUUGAGGAAGUGAUAAAACGUAUGUACCGAAACUUUGACGAUAAGCUUUAUCUGACUUUUUCCGAAAAUGGGACUUCGAAUUAUAAAGGAGUUCAAAGAAUAUUUUCAUCUCUUGGGGGAAAAGAAUAUAUCUUAUUGACUACUAUGAAUGCACAGAUAAAGAAGAAAUUAGAAAAUACUUUUUGUGCAUCAAGAUUGAAAUGGGAAUAUAAAAAGGUGGAAAGUUUUUUUUCUGAUAGUUAUAUAGAAGUUAGUAUUUCAUAUUUUAUAAAUCCUUAUAUUAUUGCGCAAUAUUCUAAAUAUUCGUAA